AUGUACUUCGAGCCGAGACAGCUCCAGGACCUGCGGCCGCGCGCAGGGACAGAGCAGAACCGUUCGGGCACCCUAUGCCUGGUGUCGCUGAUGGUGGAGGAGGCUGGUCCGAGCAGAGAGGCUGGCGUCCCGGGCGGCGUCGCAGCCAAGGCCCGGGUCCAGGAGCCCGCUGCCCGCUCGUGGCCGAGCCUCGCCCUGGCCAGGAGGCUGCACCUCCUGAAGCUGCUCCGGAUCAACUGGGUGCUGUACAUCCCCGCGUCCCACUUCGAGACGCGGUUCUUCUCCUGGAUGCCGCUGCUCCGCAUGCUGGUCUGGAUCGUCAUAUCCAUGCACCUCACGGCGUGCCUGUGGUACGACCUCGUGCUGCGGGAGGGCACCGUCGACCUGCACCUCGAGGGCAUGGGCGACAGGGCCACCGAGAGCUCGCACUACCUGGUAGCGCUGCGGCAGGGCGUGUACCUGGUGACCGGCAAGCCCACCGAGUCGUUCUCCGACCCGGAGCUCAUGCUGAUAGGUGUCACCGGAUGGUUGGGCGGUAUCUUCUUCGCCUUCAUCUAUGGCAACACGACGAUGCUCCUGACCCGGAUGAACAUCCACAUGACCAAGCACCACAAGCACAUGGCCCUCAUCCAGCGCACCAUGAACACCCUGGGCCUUCCCGUCAACCUCCAGCAGCGGAUCCGCCAGUACCACCACUUCCUGGCGGUGCACCACAACAUCAACGCAUACAGCCUCCUGAUGCAGGGCCUCAGCGUCAGCCUGUUCAUCGAGCUGAAGGCCCACCUGUUCAAGCAGAUGUUCUCGCAGGGCCCGUUCUUCACCGGGGCGCCCACGAGCUUCCUCCGGAACCUGCUCCAGGUGAUGGUCGAGGUCACCUUCUGCCCUGGCGACGUCGUCAUCCGGUGCGGCGACGUGGGAGAGCAGAUGUACUUCGUGGUCAAAGGCAGGCUGGACGUCCUCAACUCGAGCAACGCGGUGAUCGGCAAGAUGUGCGAAAACCAGUACUUCGGCGAGAUCGCGCUGCUGAUCUCCACCCCUCGGCUGGUCUCGAUACGGGCCGCGACGUACUGCCUGCUCGGCGCCACCGGGGGGGGCGGGCUCAGCGCGGGAGCGUGCAGGGCGGCUGACAAUGACGUGUCACAGAUGAGCAGCAUGCGGUUAUCGGUGGAUGACUUCUUCGUCCAAGAGGGAGUGCCUAUAUUGCGGACUUGGAAUGCCUCGCGGCCGCUGUGGAACAACCAUCCGGAGGCGACUUUGGACUUCACCACUGGUUCAGUCACAGAUAUUGAUUGUAGGCGCACCGCCUGGCCUGGCCUGGCCGGGCGCUCCGCGGCCGAGGGGCUCCGGCGAGGAGGUCACGAGGAGGCCACAGGCGGGCACUUGGGCGACAACACGGACAAACCGAGCCAGCACACACGACGCGGCCACGAGGCGGCCACGGGUGGGCACCGCGAGGCAGGCUUCAAGGCCAACUCGGGCCUCGAGUGGCUUUAUGACGACCCGUCUCAGCUACGCCUUGUCGCAAUUCUUGUGCGUGGCUUUGGGAAAGGGGCCGACAUGUUUGGGGAGCUGAACUCCCAGGUCCGGUCUGGUAAGAAAGAGCCUCAAUUUUUAUGGACAGAGCUUCUCCAAGCAAAGCACGAGUCUGAGAGAUUGUGGAUGGAACCGGGCCGCUCGUUGUCAGCGUACGCCUACGAUGCAUUCGGUCGGCGCGUGGUCGGCAAUUUUACGAUGCAGGAAGGAGCCGGCCAGGGAGAAGAAGACCCGAACGAUUGGAGUGAAUUCGGCUGGCAGGUGGUCAUUGAUGUGAAGGGCGACGCGAUUCGUUUUGGUCAGGGUUCUCGGGUGAUCCAGAUGACGAGACAACCCUCAGGACAUCGAUCUAUCGGUCUGAUCGGCAUGCCGGCUCGGGAGUUCAAGUUGGGCGACUCUCUGGCCGCUAGAUUUCUCCGUUUUGUCGAAAAGGAGAACCUCGUGGCGACAUCAGGCGACUCGGGAGAGUGCUGGGAGGUGUUAGAGGACCGGGUUCGUCUGCAUCGCGUCCGUCCUCGUCGAGAGUUGGUCGAUCCAGCGGUUUCCGAGGGGGUGCCGGCGACUCCGGAGCAGAUGGGCACCACCCGAGUCGCGUACUGCAAGUGCCGAGACGAGAGUGACACCUGGUUCGAAAACUAUUACCAGCACGAGUGGAGAGGGGAGUGCGAGCAGACCCGCAUGCCAGACUAUUGGAUUGGCCACGCGGACUUCAACCUGGUCAGCGGGGAGGCAGCGCUGCAUCUCUUGUCAGUCGAGCUGGAGACGUUGGAGGAGGAUUCGGAGAUCGAGACCAACUGGGGCGUCGCGCCGGAUCCGUGGCACGACUGGGAGCUCCAGAACGUAGACUACACGGGCAGCGAGCUGACCGAAGUGGAGAUUGUCUUGAUGAACAAGGGAGCAGUCAAGGAGGCCGCGGAGGAGGAGUGCGAGCAUCCGCUGUGUGCGAGACCACAGCGCGGGAACCAGUGCGCCAGAUGGGCGAAGUGUCCACAGUGUGGCGGCACCCUCGAGACGACCAAGUACACGCCAGAGGAGGGGGUCCAGGGGAAGGCCAAGCGCGAGAACGUCAAGAAGGACAAGGACCUCGAGGAGGGCCAGCAGCAGCAGGUCAAGAUGGCGAUCAAGGUGCGCAACGCCGACUACCAGCAGGAGGAGAUUGAGCCCGUGCAGCGCCCGCCUCGCAGCCCAGCGGCCGUCAGGAGCGCGCCUGCCCGCGGGUGCGAUGCGGGGGGGGUGCGCGGCGCGGAGAUCGAGGAGCUUCUUCGAAACCCGGAAGACAGCAGAGAGGAGGUCGCCCAGUGGAUGCUCGAGCAGAAAGGGGACUCCGCGGUCACCGGGAGCCAGUUUCGGGAGCUGAUGGAGACGAUCAGUUCCUUGAGCUUCGACUCCAGGAUCAAGCGACUAAGUAUUACCGCAAGAAAGCCCGAUAAUAUCACCGCGCUGGUUGACUGUCUGUGGGUCGGGGCCUCGGCUUCAGGAAUAGCUGUCAAGACGGAGCGCUACCUGCAGUCGGACUUCCUCAUCUCGGUCCGGGCUUCGGCUGGGACCCCGACUAGUGCGCUCCGGAUUUGGAUGCUGCCGGACAGACCUGAGGUCCGCCUGGUGGAGCUGAGGAAAGACCUCCAGCGGGAUCUUCUCCGCUCGCUCGUGGCGGGUCGAGGUCGCCGAGGCGGGGGCAACGUGGGCAGGAGAGACGUGCUGAUCCUGGCGCUUGCCUGGGGCCAGAUGAGUCCUAAGGGCGGGGAUGCCGUGCUAUGCAUUGAGGUAGUAGAGCGCCGCAAGAACGCCGCUAGUCACAAAAUCACCCUUUUGCUUCCUGGUCCUAGCGCCCUCAGCUUCGUUGCGGUGUCUGGCGCCGGAGGCUCGGUGGCGCUCGCCGACGAGCACGGCGGGUCCACGAAGAGGGGCGAACCGCAGGUCAGUCCCAAGCUGGACCCCAUGUCCAGCGGCCUGUUCUUUCGCCACGACUACCCCCACGACCAGAGACCACCGACGGGGCCGGAGUUUGACUUCAACCACCCGUAUCCGCUCGUCCAGGACACCGACAUGUACGACAAGGACUACGUGAAGGACGAGAACAGCGACGGCGGCGAGUGGAAGGCGCAGAUGGAGUACGACACCAUGCGGACGAAGGUCUUCAAGGCACGUGCCGACGCGGAAGUUUCGAAGAAAGCCCUCGACAAGAUCCACAAGGAGUGA